UGUUCUCUGCAGUGAAUAACAGCAGUCCCAAAGAUCCCUGCACCCCUACUGAGUAUGAUCAGAUUAGGAGCAGCUAACAUAAAAUCAUAGAAUCACAGAAUCACAGACUGGUUUGGGUUGGGAGGGACCUUAAAGACCAUCUUGUUCCACCACCCUGCCAUGGACAGAGACAGCUUUCACUAGACCAGGUUGCUCCAAGCUCCAUCCAACCUGGCCUUGAACACUUUUAGGGACAGGGCAGCCACAGCUUCCCUGUGCCAGGGCCUCACUACCCUCACAGCCAAGAAUUCCUUCCCAAUAUCCCAUCUAACCCUUCCCUCUGGUAGUGGGAAGCCAUUCCCUCUCAUCCUGUCUCUCCAGACCCUUGUUCAAAGUCCCUCUCCAGCUCUCUUGGAGCCCCUUUAGGCCCUGGAAGGGGCUCUAAGAUCAUGUGAUAGAUCCACAUUUUUUGCAAAAUUCAAAGAAAUAGGGUCUGCAAACAAAAACUGCUACUGCAGGUGAUACCAUGUUCUGAAUUUCAACAUCCACCAUCUACCCUUGCAAAGUGAAUAAGAAGCCAUCUGUGCCAGCUUCCAUGUCUCCCAUUAUCCUUCCAAAGAUGGCCCACUUUAUCCUCUGUCUUCCUUUUAUUACCAACAUAGAGGUUGUAGCCAGGUGGGGGUUGGUCUCUUCUCCCAGGCAACCAGCAGUAGGACAAAAGAGCACGGUCUUAAGCUGUGCCAGGGGAGGUUUUGGUUGGAUAUGAGGAAGAAACUAUUUACAGAGGGAGUAAUCGGACAUUGGAAUGGUCUGCCCAGGGAGGUGGUGGAUUCACCAUCCCUGGAGGUUUUCAAGAUGAGACUGGAUAUGGCACUCAGUGCCAUGGUCUGGUAACCAUGGAGGUGUUGGAUCAAGGGUUGGACUGGUUGAUCUCUGAGGUCUUUUCCAACCUGGCUGGUUCUAUGAUUCUAUAAUUCUAUUCUAUGAUACAGUAGAACUGACACAGUGGCUACUUGGUGAGAAACCAGGGGUAUCCCGUGGGAAAGUCAACAGGCAGAUUUUGUAUUUUUGAGACAGAUCUAUUCCAUCUCAUGUCAGCAAUCAAGACGGAUGACAUUCAGCCUCUGCAGCUCCGUAGGGGCCCAAGUCACUGUGGCAGAAAUUGGUCUUUCAGACUGUUUUGUCUACACUCCCCUCUAGCGGUGUUUGCGUAAUACAACAUCCCCUCAUAAUUUUGGAGGGACUUAAUUUUUUCAUGUGAUCUUUGAAUUUUCCCUUGUUCUUAUGACAUUUUUUCUUUUCGAGGUUCACCAAGCAGAUGCAGAGUUGUGCUUUGCCAAGAGAUCAAGCUGUUUCUGCCCAGCCUUGAAGCCUGAACACCGACUAACAAAUUUCAAUGGACCCGACCUUAUAAAUGCCAGCUGGGAGGCUGCGGUACAAAAUCAGGACCUGGAACAAUCAUCUCACUUAUUUGUGAUACCACAGCUAGGAGGAAGAAGCCCUGUGGAGAAAGAAGAUGGAGCAGCAUCUCCAGAGGACACCUGAAUUAGCCUCACAGGCAUCUGCCUGGCACUGAAUCCAGGCCCUCGUCAGGUUUAGAUGUCAACACAGCAGUGCUGACUUGGUAACAAUGAUGAUCACCAUAGUAAUCUCUAGCUCAAUCAUCGUUCUAUCUAUCCACAUAAUUCCAUUCAGGCCCAAAAAGUGAUCAAAGUGUAGGCUAAAAAAGAGCUAAUUCCAACCAGAGUGUACAGGGAAAGAAUGGUUAUUUAUGUUAUUUAUGAGGCUGAUGACAACAACCUCUCCAAGGCUUUUGUUUGCUUGAUUAUCCCCUGGGGUGUUUCACUGGUCUCAGCUCUGAAAAGGAUUUUAAGGAGUGAAGGGGUAGAAGGAACAGUCCCUAUCUGAUAGAAUGGAAGAGCUGGUAUAUUCAGUUGGCUAAAUAAAAAAAAAAGGAAAAUCUGAAAAUUAUUGAGGGGACAACACACACGACAUGUUUUUGCAAACACAGAGCUCUAAUCUUCUUCUUUUUCCCCUUGUUCCCAAGAAAAUCAAGGUCUUCAUGAAAAUAAAGCUGUAUACAAAAACCUCAAGAAGUCAAAGAGCUUUUACUUGGAUUUCAAUGUUCCUGUGGCUUCAGGCAGUGGGAACUUCACUGGAAACUUCACUGGAUUGCUACAACCUGUCAAAUGUGGCUUAGACACUUGUUUCCCACAAGAUGCAUGGAUGUGUCUCAUCAUCUCCCAUGGAGUUGUGCACCUUCAGCCCCCUUGGAUGGUCCUGUACCUGAUCCUCUCCUCAUUUUCCCACUCCUGCCUUUGCCUCCUGUGACUCAGGCAGUGUGGAUGGAGCACUUGCUGGUGAAGAUCAAGAAAUGAAUAUGGCAAAACUUGUGACAGCAUCUGAUAAAAGAACUUGAUUUUUAAUUUGCUUGCACAGACUGGAGACAUGCUAGAAAGCACCCUUGUGCCAGAGAAGAAACAUGGACAUCAGUUCAGCUGCAGGUACUCCUCUUAGUACGUGGAGUAAUAAUUAAUGUGACUCUGAGUGUGAGAAAUCUUUUUGUAAAAAUUACUUGACAGGUCUGGUGAUGCAAAGACUUUUUUAGUCUUGGCUUCUCUAUUCUGUGAGGAAAUUUUCAUUAUUUUCCUGACUGUAGAGGUCUUCAUUGCUGGUAGCAUUUCCUGACUUAACACUAGAAAAAAAGUUAUGGCAAAUCAAGAGUGGAAAAAUGGAACAGUUGUUACAGAGUUCAUCCUCCUAGAUUUUGGGAAUGGCCCUGAACUGGAUGGUUUUCUCUUCCUGAUGUUUCUGUCGAUCUACUUGGUGACCAUAACUGGGAACACGUGCGUCGUCGUGCUGGCGGUGGUUAACCAGCACCUCCACACCCCAAUGUACUUCUUCCUGGGCAAUUUGGCCUGCUUGGAAAUCUGCUACAGCUCCAAUAUCUUGCCAAGGAUGUUGCUCAGCUACGCAGGUGGAGACAGGCGCAUUUCAGUCAGGGGGUGUUUCACACAGUACUAUUUCUUCGGCUGCCUGGCAGGUGCAGAGUGUUACCUGCUGGCCGCGAUGUCCUACGACCGGUACCUGGCGGUGUGUGAGCCCCUGCACUACCCAUCCCGCAUGGACACCAAGCUCUGCCUCCGCCUGGGCGCUGCGUCCUGGGUCAGUGGCUUUCUGUCCAAUUCCAUACUGACGUUCCUGAUCUCAAAUUUGGAUUUCUGUGGGCCGAAUGAAAUCGACCACUUCUUCUGCGACUCCUUCCCGGUGAUGAAACUCUCCUGCAGCGACACGCGGGUGGUGGGAUUUGUCACUUCUGUCGUGGCAGGUGUGUGCUCGCUGCCUCCAUUCCUGUUGACCUUCUCAUCCUAUCUCUACAUCAUUGCCACAGUCGUGAGAAUUCCUUCUGCCACUGGAAGGAAAAAGGCCUUUUCCACUUGCUCCUCACAUCUGAUUGUGGUGAUUCUUUUUUACUGGUCAAUAGUAGUUGUCUACAUACUCCCUUUUCACGAUACCCACAUAUUGCCAAACAAAGUCUUCUCUGCUUUUUACACCAUUCUCACCCCCUUGGUCAACCCCCUCAUCUACAGUCUGAGAAACAAAGAAAUAAAGAAAGCUCUGCAGAAGCAUAUGAGAAAAUUGCUGGCUUUCUGAAGGCUGCUUUCUGUAACAAAAAAUAAGGGGUAAUGAUCCUUAAUGAGUUACAGACACAAUUACAUUGCGUGUGAAUGUAGUUAGUGUGAAUAAAGCAUGGAAAUAUG